GCUGCGCGCACACACAUGUAUUCAAUCCGUACGUGAGUGCGCACCGUGAAUGUGAAUGGAAAUUUGUACGGCAUGUACUGUACAUGUACAAGUUGUACUCAGCAGUGGUGGUGAGACAGGUUACGGAGAGCCUACCCUUGCAAGCUGGGAGCUUCUCAUUUUGUUCGUAUCACAAUUGUCAACAUGUAUCGGUCAAAAAGCACCCACCCAUGAUCAACCAGAUAGUUGCAGUUUGUAUCCAGAUGAUCCCGGAAUGCACAACAUUGGUCCUCAUCACAGUGGUGACCGGCACACUACCGUCAGCUACAAACCCAAGACGACGCUGCUGGAACGCAUGUCCGAAAGUUUCACCGGAGCAAUGCUGGGCGUGGGCAUGUUUAUUGUCUCCUUCUUCAUCCUUUUUCUGAAUGAAGGCAAAGCAGUACAGACAGCCCAUUCCUUGGAUGAGGGGUUACGUCUUGUCGUACCGAUUCCAAACAACAAAGUCAUCUUUCAGGAAAAUAACUACAAGUUGGUGCAUUUGACAGGGAAGUUGAGAACAGACCAGCCACUUGUAGAUUCCCUCUUUGACGUGAGCAUGCAGGCUGUGAAGCUUCGGCGGGACGUUGCCAUGUAUCAAUGGGUGGAACACCAGAAGCAACGGGAGAUAGAUGAGGGCUCGGAGAUUAGGAUGGAAACAGAUUACAUGUACACUAAAGAAUGGAAAUCGCAUGUUGUUGAUAGCAAUAGCUUUGAUAACCCUGCUCAUCAUCAGAAUCCAAAAGAAAUGCUAGUGCGUCCAAUGACCUUUGUGGCAAUACACGCUUACGUAGGCAACUACAUGCUGAAGGAUAGUUUGAAGGAGAAAAUCGACACAUUCAAGCCGUAUGUUCCAAGCAAGGAACCAACCAACCCAAAUGUGAAACUCGUAGAUGGGAUAUUUUACCAGGCAGAAAAUGCAUUCAGGCCUAAGGUUGGUGACAUGAGAGUGACCUUCAGCUACGCCGGACUCAGCGCUCAUGAGGACUCUCCUCUUGGACCACCUGAUACAGUUAGCAUUAUGGCAAAGCAGUCGGGAAACCAGCUGACAAAGUACCAGACAGAGGCAGGAGAUUCACUGGAACUGGUUCACUUUGGAGAUAAAACAGCUGAGGAGAUGAUUAAGGAUGAGUUGUAUGCAAGCAGCGUUCUAACCUGGACAUUGCGGGGUGGCGGCUGGCUACUCAUGUUCUUGGGCUUGAACUUCAUGACAAACAUUCUGUAUACAAUAGUUGACUGGAUUCCGUUGCUCCGUACACUGGUACGCGUUGGCCUGACUGCUUUCAACCUGAGUGUGUCAAUCUCCCUGAGCAUCAUGACCAUAGCUCUUGGUUGGCUGUGGUAUCGCCCAUUACUCUCUCUCACACUCCUAGCUGUCAGUGUCCUACCCCUAGUCUACUCCUACGUCAAUGGGACCAAGGUUAAACACAAUUCACAGGUUUAGCCAACAGCUCUGGUAGUGUCAACAGUGUACUAAAAAGAGCAUAUCAACUUGAAUUUUAGGCAUACGCUUCCCUUCAGUGAUAUGAAUGCAAAGCAUUGCUAUCAACGGAGGGCCAUUUGCAAGUCAUAGCUCCUCAGUUGGUUUCCCACUGUUAACUGUUGAAACUGUGGUGCUGUCUCACAUCCAUUUGAUUCUUAGUAGCAAAAAGGAGUGCGGCAUUGAGGAGGAGUGUCUCAACUUGAGACUAACUUCAUUAAAGUGAAGACCGGAGAGUAAGCAAUUUGGAAACCCUUUACCUUCAAUUUCUGAGCUUACAGAGCCCACUGUAGUGUGUUUGGAGUUCUUUAUUUACUUUGAAAAAAGUUUACUUUCCCCAUUUCAUGUCAGACAUGGAAAAGGUGAUAUGUAAUCUUAAAUGGCGCAAGGGAAUACAACUGUAUCUUGGCAUCACAGAGCUUGCUCAGCGGACUUCCUUUGGAAUCAGGAUCCAAGAGCUUAACCAGUAGAGCGUCAUUGGAGUUCAGUGACUAAAUAACCUUCAAAGAAUGUGACAGUGUGUAAAUUUAAUUAUGGAUAUGGCCAAUGUGGGUAAGUUAAUCGAGAUUCCUGACAAAAGUGGGAGGGUAAUCUUUUCCUUGGCCUUUGUGAAGUCGUUGCAUUUUCCAUGGCAUUUCAGUCACAGCAUAUCUGUUGCAAGUGCUUAUUGCUAGCACAUGUAACUUGUACUUUUGCAGAACAGUCAACACACAUUGUGUUUCAAAAGCUGCCUAGUGUUGCAAGCUAUAACCUUGGGUAACAGGUUGGAUUUCAAGACACGAAAGCUGGUGCGCAAUAUCAUUUGGCAGCAGCCAACACCACGACUGUUUACUGUUUAUAUAUACUCAUGUCUUGGGUAAUAGUUAGGCUAGGGUGCUGAAACUUUAUCCAAGGGAGCGACACCCAACCGGGAGUAUUGAAACCUGUCUAGGGUGAAAAGAGCACUAUUCUUUUGUCAGCAGAAUGGAAUGGCAGAGAGGCGUCAGUAAUGUUCCCUCAAUACCUGUUGUGAAUAUUAACAGUGAAAGAGUUCCUAUGCAAAAGUGGUGUGCUUGUCAGCAACACCCACAUAAUGAGGUCAUGCAUGGUGUUACAAAAGCAUUACUUCCACUAUGGCAUAGAAAUGGUUAGAUAAAAUAGUUUGGAGUCCUGAGUCUUUUUCUGAGAGAUGUCUCUGUGAUGUUGGUUUGAUCUUUUUCUUUCUAACAGGAUUUGGUUUUUGAUUUCAAAUUUCAUGUGUGGAUUUUGCAAACUUGAGAUAAUGCACAGAUUGAACGUCAAAAUAUUUUGCUUGUGUCCUUGUACUAAAAUGCAUUGCCAACUUAACAGUGACAUUGAGGUUAGGUGUAUUACUUUUGAAACGUUUGAAUCAUGUACAUUCCAAAAGUCUUUUAUAUGUUUACUCCAUUUGGAAAAGACCGAGUCUGAAAUGGGUACUGUUCUCUGUGGCUACAGCUACUCACUGUGGCACACUUAUGGUAAAAACCAAGCCUUAGCCACUGAACGUGAUUUGGGAUUUAGCCUAUUGAUAAACAGAAUCCUGUGCAUAUGCUGUGAAUCAAGACGUGGCAUAAAUGCAGGGAACAGUACUUUUGUUCAUUUUUUCUGCUGUGAAAUGUUAACACUUUUAUUUUCACUUCUUAAUUCCACAUUUUAAGAUUUGGCCAUACAGCUCUGGACAGCAUGUCCAAAAAGGCAAACUGUAUAUUUUUGUACCUUUUCUGUUUAUGUAUAUUUUGUUACUAUUGUUGCUGAGUUCUCUGGCUGAGGCGAUUUGGUUGCAAUUAAGAACGUUGUCUAAAUAUUCCAAUUUGAUAUUUCCCAUAUGUGCAUUUUGUCAUAUUUAGUUUCUAUAUUAGUUAUUAGAAUUUUAUUAUUUUACCUUUUUUCCUUGAUUUUGAUAUUUCAAGUGAAAAUACUGCACUUUUUGGCAGCUGCAAGUGUGCCAGAUUUCAACUCUAUGACAGUACGCUGUGUAGGCUGAAGUAGAUUGCACAAAUUAUGCACAGACAUUUAACCCAAUACUCAAGAGAUGCAAGGUAUCACCUUAUCUUAUCAAGAAAGUCAUUAAUAUUUAAAAGCUGGGAUUUAUUUUAGAAAGACUUUUCUGGAAGUGUGUUUAUUACCCAAAGCUCUUAGAGACCAGAUCUAGUUGAGGAUAAAACAGAUCCAGUCCAUUCUCACAGCAAUCGAGGAAACGGUCUGAAGAAUAGUAAAACUGAACUAUGUCAACUUGUCUGCUAUUUCCAAAAUGGCAGGAUUGCAAGAUGCUGUACAGUACCCAGACUUGCCAGCAAGGCGAUUUGUCUGUCUUUACUUCAGACUAUAUCAUUCCUACUUUUGUACAUCAGAGAACAGCUAAUAGGAAUUGUCCACCCUAACUGGAAACUUUUACCAGGACGUUUCCUAGAUUUACUCACUACUACACAAUUGUCAUGGCAAUAACACGCAUUUUAUUGAGCAAGCCACGUCACCCUUCAGCAAGUUCCAAUACUGAAUAUAACACAAAAAGAUCUCUCUCAAAUGACGUCACUUCCUAGAGAUUGCCACGUGUAUCAGCAUUUUUUUACAUCAAAUUUUGGGACGUGCAUCGGCCGCACUAUUUUUGGAAGAUAUUUGGGUCAGCACACACGCAAGUACAGUAUAGAACAUGUGCACGCCGCGCACGCCACGCACUUGUUAAUGUUGUAAAUGCUGUUAUAAUUUUCCUACAAAGAUGGCAUCCAAUGAGUGAGAUCUAUAUCAUUUGCACAGGUUCACCGUCUAUAUACAGGCUAAUCUUAAUUGAAGUACAUAUGUAGUUGGGAUGAAAGUAACUUAUCACAAGCAUCAAUACAAUUCACUCAAUUAAUGCUCGUUGAUUACAUAAUGCCAUAUCAAUAUCUCUUUGCAGUAAGCCGAUACAUGAUUAAUGAGUGAAGAUUCUCAAAAUGUUAAGCAAAAUUUAAUUACCACAAUAUUCCUAAUGGAAGUAGGAUGUGUGUCAAAUCAGAUUGAAAUUGGACUGAAGACUGUUGGGGGUGAUAGAAAUCUGGGGUGAUCCAACAGAAAUAAAAAUUCUUGAGCCAGGGUGUAGUAAAUGUGGAAUGACUAUGUAGAAUUAAUACACUAGAUCAAAUGUUCUAGUAACGUUAAUCAAGUACACUGUUUAGGAUAGUACUAUUUGCAACAAGUGGGUUAGUUUGAAAAGUUCAUAUGCUACUUUCUCUUAAAUUGUGCAUGCAACUUUCUAAUUUUAAGUAAUUAAGUCAUUUGUAUUAAAAUUUUGGCUCACAGUUUUGACAUCAAUCCAUUAUUUUAAUAAGGUGUUGUCCUUUGAUGACCAACUGUGGAGCCAAAGGUCCUCACAGACAAAAAUCACUCUAAAUGUCACCCACCACUCAAAAUAAAAACCUAAACGAGGUCAUGUUGGCUGUAGAUAUUUUUGUACGUGUAUUACUAACCAGCUGUCAUACCACUUAAACUUGUUCCAAAGUACAAUUUGUGCACACCCUUGGAAAUAAUG